AUGAGUGAAAGUAAGAAUAUAAUAAAUAUUAUAGAGAACGAAAUAAACAUUUACAAUGAGGUAGAAGCACGUUUUGAUAUAUUAAGCAGUUUACCCAAAAACUUUAAUUAUAAUUUUAAAGAGUUAGUUCAUUUAAUUUGUAAGGUUAAAAAUGUGAGAAAACAUGGGAAGUUAUUGUUUUUUUGUGACACUAUUUUGAAAGAUAAUGAAAAAGAAUGUAAAAAUAUCGUUUUUUAUAAACAUCAAAUUCUGAAUUAUAAUAGUAAGGAUGAUACAUCUAAAAAUGAAGACAGUUAUAUAUAUAGUGGCCAUAAUAAAUAUGGAAGUGGCUUUUACUUCAUAAAAAAUACUUUUAAUGAAAAUGCCCACACAAGAGAUAGUAACAUCCAGUUAGUAAUUAGUAAAGACUUUUACAUUGAUGAAGAAAAGUUUGUUUUAUACCAGUCAUAUUUGUUAAACAAUGGACAUAAGGAGUAUAAAGCAGAAAACGAGGAAAUGUUAGUUAAGAAUUCUCUGUUUCAUUCCAUUCAUUUAUGUAAUCAAUCUUAUAGUAUCUUGAAGGAGCUUCGUGAAAACGCUCAAAUAUCUACCAGUAGACAAGAUAAUAUAAAUGACGAUAAAAAUAAUAUUUCAUUAAUAUUAAUAAAUGAAUAUAUAAAGCAUGAAAUUAUAAGUAAAGUUAUUAAAACAGAUUCGUGGAUAUACAUUAUAGGUCUUCCUGCACGAACAAAUACCAAUGAGAAAUCCAUAUUAGUAUUUUCUUCUUAUUUAUUAAAAGUAAACUACGAAUACUUUAAUAUUAGCGAACUUUUGAAAUUAUUUGAAAAUAGUUACUUUUCUACACUAACAGUAUGUAGAAGUUUACAGGUAAAGGAAGAUUACAUUCAUAGUAUUUAUUAUGACGAAGAGAGAAAAAAAAAAUACAUAUUAAAUAUAGUGUAUAAAAAUAAAGAUUACAAGAGCAUAUGUAAUCAGAAGAUGAAUAAUUUUGAAAUUUUUAUAAUUAAAAUUAUUGAUAUUAUACCUAAAGUGUUUACAAUACACCCUAGUGAAUUUAAAUGUAACAUGAAUGAUAUACAGAGCAGCAAAAAUUUACUUAAAUAUUUUAACAUUGAUAUAUUUAAUGAUCAUUUACCAAAUGAUAAUAAAAAAGAAGAAAUUAUUAUAGAAGGACAAAAGAAAAACAAAAAAAAAAAGAAAGAUAUAAUGUCCUAUAUGAAUAAUAAAAAAGUUCCACAAAUACACUGGAUGAUUAAUCACAUAAAAAAUUUAUUUAAAGAAAUAAAAAAAGGAAAUUUAAAUGAUCCAAUAUUUUGUCAUGAAGACAUUAUUUUAUGGUCCCGUCAUUUGGUUAACAAAUAUAUUGAGAGCAAUAGUAUCUUUUUUGAAAAUUAUUUAGAAUUUCUAAAAUUAUUUAUUGAAAAAAAUGAUAAAUUAGUUAAUGAGAAAAAUAUAAGAAAGGUAGAAAAUAACAUUGAAGUAUGUACCAAAAAGAAUGUACAUAUUUUUGAAAACUCCAGUUGGUCUAAUAUAGAAUUUUACAAUAUCAGAGAUUUGUAUUUAGAUAAUACUACUGAUACACAAAUUAAAGAGAAUCCGAAUUGUAAAAGAUCGGAUGAGGAGAAUAUAAAUAGUAAUUAUUUUACUAGUGACAUCUGUAGAGUUAACUAUGACGAGAGAGAAUAUAAUAACCUUGAAAAGGAGCAAAAUAAUAACACAUAUGUAUUAGAUGAAAUAAAUUACAAUUUUAGACAAAAUAAUUUGACAUAUGAUUACUGCGUUUUAGAUGUAGGUGGAGGGAAAGGUGAUUUGGGUAUUUACAUUUCCUUAGUUUUUAAAAAUGUUUUAGUAAUAAUAUUAGAUAUCAAUGUGAAUUCUCUUUUUAGUUGUUUUAUUAAAGUUUAUACGAACAAAAUUAAGAAUGUUGUCAUUAUGCAUGAAUCAAUAUUAUAUUUUGAUUUUAAAAAAUAUAAAAUUGAUUUAAUUGUUGGUUUACACUGCUGUGGAGGAUUGACUGAUUACACCUUAAAAAAAUGUAUCAAUGAAAAAAUUCCCUUUCUCAUAUGUUCUUGCUGUUAUACAAAAUAUAGUGAGUUAAGAAAAUAUAUAUUUGAUUUUAAAAAUAAUAUAAUAAUGAAUGAAGUUAAUAAUUAUAUUUACAAUAAAAAUUACUACUCAUGUAUGAACUAUAUCACUGGUGAUCAUGUGGAAGAUAUGUGUGCACCAAAAUAUAAAAGUUAUACAACUACGGACAUGGAAAAUUCAUAUAGGGGCAUUACUAAUUUUGAUACAAAUAAUAUUACUGAUCAUACCAGGAAUAAUUAUACUGAUUAUCCUUUUAGUUGCUCGAAGGAAAGAGAUCAUGCAAAUUUAAAAGGAAAUAGUUCUACUAAAGGUACUUAUAAUUGCUAUCAUGAUAAUAAAUUACAGUAUAACCCUGACAUCAAUGAAGAUGACAAUAUCAGUGAAUUUAAUAAUUAUAAGAAAAAGUAUGAUAAGUAUGGGAAAAAAAUUAUGAGGAGGACCAUACCAAAUAUAUACUCCUUUGUAAAUUUAUUGUCAAAGUUAUGUGAAAGCGAAAAUCCAACAAUAUCUUUUAAAUGUAUGCAUUUUUAUAAUAAUUUAAGAUUUAAAAUUUUACAAAUAUUGUUUAAUGCUACAAUAAAUUUAGAAGAAAAGGUAAGCUUAAAUUUAUCCUUACAUUCAUUCCCAAUUUCUUUUUCACCAAAAAAUAUUGUCUUAAAAGGUUUUUUUUCAUAA